GCGCUAGUGGCGUCUCAGGCUGUGCAAUGGCGUCGUUCAAACGCUUGUCGUCUUCGCAACUUUUCGUCAGCUAGCGUGGUGCGGUUUUUGCAUUGAGCCAGCUCAACAUGGAAUCGAAGACCUCAAGAAGUGCGCGCACCGAAAGGACGUUCGGUCAGGUGGUGAUCGGGCCUCCUGGAUCGGGUAAAAGCACUUAUUGUAAGGCGAUGCGCGAGUUGUGUACGGCAAUUGGACGCCAAGUGGCUGUGGUGAACUUGGACCCUGCGAACGAUGUGCUCCCCUACGAGGCAGCUGUUGACAUCAGCGGACUCAUCGAACUUGGCGAUGUGAUGGACUCUCUUAAGCUCGGGCCCAACGGUGGCCUCGUCUACUGCAUGGAGUACUUGGAGAGCAACCUCGAAUGGCUGUGCGAGCAGCUGGCGAAAGUUCGUGGCUGCUACCUAUUUAUCGACUGUCCUGGACAGGUGGAACUCUACACGCACCACGCAAGUGUGCGCAAUGUUGUGUGUCGGUUGCAAGCUCUCGGUUACCGGCUUUCGGCCACCCACCUUGUCGACUCCCAUUACUGCAGCGACCCGGGAAAGUUCAUCUCGGUCCUGCUGACUUCUUUGGCUACCAUGAUGCACAUGGAACUACCUCACGUCAACGUGCUCUCCAAGGUGGACUUGGCAGAGAAGUAUGGAAAGCUUCACUUCGGUUUAGACUACUACACUGAAGUCAUGGAUCUGUCUUUCCUGGCUGAUGUUCUCUCCGAGGAUCCCAUUCUCAAGAAGUACAAGAAAAUGAAUGAAGCCCUGGCGGGAAUUAUUGAAGACUAUGGCCUUGUGUCCUUCCUGCCACUAAAUGUUCAGGAGAAGGAGUCUAUGUGGAGUGUGCUGAAGGCUUGUGACAAGAGCAACGGGUACAUCUUCAGCCAGUCUGAAGAGCAGCACAUGAUGAGUCUAGCCAUGGGCUCAGACACCCAAUCUCAAGAUGCGAUUGCCAGACUUUGUGAGCGUCUGGAGACAUCAGGAACCACCUGCAUUGUUGAGGACGAGGAAGCCAUGGACAACAUAGACUAAAAUAGGUUCUUAAGUUACAGGAACUACCCUUUCAAAGGAUCACCAAAAAUGUGUUACAGUAACAGAAUUCUGCUGGAAUUGCCGGGCCAUGAUUUUUUUCAAUUUGAUGCGCCACUGUUAAGUUGCAUAAUGGAAGCCAAAUACCAGCAGCAAAGGUUAUAUGACAAAGGAGCCAGCUCUUGCUGUUUGUUUUUUUAAUAUAUCUUUAUUACUGCACCAA